GAGAGCCAGCCUUGGCCUCUCAGUGUGUGGGCUCCUCUCCGGGCAGCUCCAACAUGCUGAGGGCACUGCUGCUCCCCUUCCUGUGCCUCCUGAGUCCUGCCAGUGCUGGGAAGCUGCUGGUGAUCCCCAUGGAGGGCAGCCACUGGCUCAGCAUGAAGGAAGUGGUGGCAGAGCUGAGCAAGAGAGGGCACGAAAUUGUGGUUCUGGUACCGGACAACAGCGUAUACAUCGGCUCCUCAGAUGUCUAUGACUUGAAAACCUACCCUGUCCCUAUCAAGAAGGAAGAGAUGGAAGCACAGCUACGCUCAUUGGGUCUGAUGUGCUUUAGUGAAGAGCCUUUCCUGGUCAGAUUUUGGAAUACUCUGAAACAUUUCCAGAAAACCGCUGCCCUGUUUGAAGCAGCCUGCAGAUCCUUGCUGUACAACAAGGAGAUGAUGAAAUACAUCCAAGACAGCAAAUUUGAUGCCAUCUUCACGGAUCCCUUCAAUCCCUGUGGGCAGAUCAUUGCUGUUCAGUUCUCCAUCCCCAGUGUGUUCUUCCUGAGGGGUGUUCCGUGUAACAUUGACAAACAGGCUGCUCAGGGCCCGGACCCACCGUCCUACGUCCCACGGAUAUUCUCCCUCCAGACAGACCACAUGACGUUCUCCCAGAGAGUGAAGAACUUCCUGCUCUUCCUUUCCGAGUCCUUCAGCUUGUCAUGA